AUGAUGUUACAAAUUAUUAAUAAGUCUGAUGAUGGUUGGAAUACUGAUAUAUCAGAUGAGUUGCAAGAAUCUAAUUUAUCAACAUGGAAUUUUGAUUAUUUGCCAAAUUCUAGUCAUUCUAGUUAUUCUUCAAACUCUGCCGUUAGUUCUUCUACCAUUAAUAAAUUAGAUAAUAUAGAUGAU